AUGGCUCUCAAAAAAUCUCUGGCUAUACUGAGCCUUGUCGUGGGCUCUAUCGCUGAGCCAUACAACACCUUCGACGGCCCCGGCUUCCCAGCCUGCAACAACGUUUCCGCCGUCCACGAUGCCGCCAGCGUGAAGGACAUCCAAAACAUCGUCCAAAAUGCCAUCCAAGCAGGUCAGAAAAUACGCGCCUCUGGAAAAGCACACAUGUGGUACGACACAAUGUGUUCUGAUGAUCCAAAUACUGUCAUUGUACGUACAGAGAACGUCAAUAACAUUUAUGAUCUGGACCUCGAGGCUGGCACUGUCAUGAUUGAGGCGGGAGUGACGUUCCUUCAACUCGCCGAGUAUCUGCAUGAUCGUGGUGCGUCGGCGGGGUAUACCCUUGUCAAUUGGAAUAUCACUUUGGCUGGAUGUGUGGCCAUGGGCGCUCAUCGAUCGUCCAUUAGAGAGGACUCUAUGGUCGCUGCUGGUGUUUUGGAGAUGGACAUCGUCGAUGGUAAUGGUAAGUUGCGACAUCUCGAGCGCGACGAUAGCGAUGACUGGCUUGCUGCCUCGACAUCCCUCGGACUCCUGGGCGUCAUCGUCAGGAUGAAGUUCAAGAUCUAUCCUGACUUUAAAGUCUACGCCGACCAGAAGACACUUGACGAGUCCGAAGUUCUGAAUGGCGAUAUCUAUGGCAUGAUUGCGCCUUACGCUACAGCCAACUUCUGGUGGUGGCCUCACAAGAAGAAAUUUCACUGGCGAUACUACGACGUCAUUCCCACCAACAAAAGCGACCAAGAAGGCUUCCAAAACACAUUCUCCAUCACCAAACUCGAAGCCGGCGCUAUACAAGCCAUAUGGAACACCGGAAAAGGCGCGUCCUUAUCAAACCUCCUCGCCGAAGAAAUCCUUUUCGGACAAUGGGAAAACCCCAACUUUCGAGAAAAGACAAGCAACGAACCCAUCACCAAAUGGCCUGUCUACGGGUGGAACUAUGACGUUCUGAUCGGUGGUUUAUACCCUGACCAGAAGCCCGUGUGGGAGUACGGUAUUCACGGGUACACAUUGGAGCUCGCCUUUCCUAUUACCCAGGCCAAUGCGAUGCUGAAACGUGUACGUCAGCUUUUUGACGCUGAAGCUAAGAAACUCAAGUUCAUGGCUUCGACCUACAGAAGUGGUAUUAACAUCAAAUUUGGAAAACCGUACUUUGACCUUCUUGGGCAAGUUACGUACGGUACAGCUGAUGGGGCGGACUGGGAUAAGGGUGUUAUCAUGCUGGAUUUUCCAUCGUAUAAACCUAACAUCGGCGAUGGAUUGCGAUACAAUGAGCCGUUUUAUCACAAACUCGCGGAAGUACUCAUCGAUGAAUUCCCUUCCCGUCCGCAUUGGACGAAGAAUACAAGAGAGGUAUUUGAGCGAUCUGCCAAGAACCUGGACCCUGAUCACAUUUCUCGAUUUAAAGCUGUUCGUGAGAAGUUUGACCCUGAAGGCGUUUUCCGAAGUGUUGUUGGCGAGGCUAUUGGGUCAGCCUUUGUCAUUAGUAAUUGCAAAAAUGAAGAAGAGGAGUGUAUCAAUUUCAAGAGCCGUACUCCGAUAGAAGGACCUUUAAUCAUAACCGUCGCUACAACCAUGGCAAUCACCGCACGCCAAACGUCAAGCAAUGGCCGCGAUAUCGAAUCACGGCCGAGCACCGAGCCUCUGAACCCGCGAUACCAAAGCAACAACCCACCUUUCGCCGGAAGACUUGGUGCCAACCAAGCAUGCGUGGUCGAUGGCACAACUUUGGAAGAUCAGAAAAUACUAGAACAUCAACCCGAUGCUACGCCUCACAUGUCAUUUAGCGAAUUGAUUGAUAUGCGCCCGAUAACGAAUGUCAAUUUGUGGAAAGCAGCUCUGAUAGAAGGAAUCGGCACAUUGAUGUUUGUCUACAUCACUAUAUGGGCGAAUGCUUCACCCGACGCGAUUCCUACAAGACCGACAGCUCAAUUAGGCAAUUUCGACAACGCUGCGUUUGUUGGGCCAUUGAUCGGCGGUAUCCUCAAUUUCUUGUUUGUAACACUCUUCAUUACCGCCUUUGGCGCCGUAUCAGGCGCACAUUUCAACCCUCUGAUCACGUUUGCGACAUUUUGUGCCAGACUCUGCUCACUUCCACGUAUGGUCCUGUACAUCUCUGCCCAAGCUGGUGGCAGUGCUUUGGCUGGACUGUUGGUCAGAGCGAGCUGGGGAAGUAGAGAUUUUAAGGUUGGAGGGUGCUGGUUAUACACAGAUGUGGUGCCGCCUCGUGAAAUCUUUGUUGUUGAACUUGUAUCUGCUACACUUCUUUUGUUCCUUGCUUUUGGUGUGGGUUUGGAUCCAAGACAGGCUAAGGUUGUUGGUCCUUCGCUGGGGCCAUUCCUUGUAGGUCUUAGUGUCGGGACGAUGAGUUUCGCUACUGCUUUUACGAGAUAUGGGUAUGGUGGCGCAGGGUUGAAUCCUGCUAGGUGUAUGGGUGCUUUUGUUGGUAGUAGAUUUUCAGGAGGGCACUGGAUUCACUGGGUUGCCGAUGGUAUUGCUUGUAUUGUACAUGGUCUUGUUUACUACUUCGUCCCGCCUUGGACUGAGCUAGAAGGCAAAACUACCUGCUACAAGGGGGAUAAUAUUGCUAUUUUGCCUGCAACCGAUUUUCAAUGA